GGCGUCGUCUCCACAGUCGUUCCCGAUUCCCCCCACAAACUGUUUAUAGGAGGGCUGCCCAACUACCUUAACGAUGACCAGGUAUUUACCCGCAGACAGACUGAACGGGUGCACUCGUGUUUCCUCUUUUUUUUCUCUCACUUGCUGAGUCACACUUUUUGAAUAAAACGUUGCACAAAAAAAAUAUGUUUUUACAUUUCUUUAUGACAUGAAACAAUCUUCUUAGAGAAGUAAUAAAAGCUGUUUAUCAGAGCCAGAAACAGGACGUGACCCCGUAGCAUAAAACAUAAAUACCUUCAUAUUUAAUGUAUUAAUAUGUAUCUGAUUUAAAUAAGCUCUUAUUUUGCCUCAACAAACAUUAAUCAUAUCAUGUCAUUAAUCAUAUAUGAUGAGUAUGAUCUAAGUAAACUGCGUAUACCUUUCUCAUGUAAAGCAUACUGAUUAAAGAAAGGUAAGCAAAGUCCAGUAUAUUUACACAACAGGCUGAUGAACUGUAUUUAUCUCUGUGUGAUAUUUAGGCCUGAAUGUUGUUGCUGCAUAUUCAUUAUGAGUCAGUAUUGUCAAAGAAAAAGUCCACCUUAAGAAACCUUCUGCUAACAGUGGUAGUGGUUCUGGAUUGUUUUAAUUAGUUUAAAUUAGUUGUAAAACCUUCUUUUUAUAGCGACUUAAAAUCAAACUGAUCACAAAAACAUUAAAAUAUAAAUUAGUGUGACAAGAAAAUGAUGGUUUUGUUCUAACCAACCAAACCACUGGAGGCAAAGACUCCUAGCCAAUCAGAACCAGAGCAGUGCAGGUCAUGACUUCGCCAUCCUGGGAAGAAAUAAAAAUACUUUAGUGGGUAUUUUUCAGCCUUUUCUUACAUUUUAGGGACCAAACGAUUAAUAAAUUGAAUGAAAAAGCAGAUUAAUUGACAGUGAAAGUAAUAAUUGUAAGAGAGAGAUGCUGACGUUAAAAAAAACGUCACUUAGAAACAUCAGAGAGCACUGACAAGUAAAGUUCAGUUUAUCACAAUUAUUUAAAAAACAAACACGAAGAGAUAUAUCAAACGAAUAAAAUAGGUUCUUUAAACUUCCAAAUAUCAAUAUCCCAGUAUUGGUUGGGUUAUACUCUUAUUUAAUUUAUUUUUAUUUUACCUUUAUUUAACCAGAUAAGUCAAUUGAAAACCAAUUUUCAUUUACAGUGACGACCUGGCCGAGAGGCAGCGACAGGAGGCGAGUCGAUAGUAAAACAUAAUACAGCUAAUGCAGAAAUCAAUACAGUUAAACAGGGUUAAAACAGCACAAUAUAUACAAUAUUUAUAUGUAUAUAUUCAUAAAUAUUGUAUAAACACAACAGAGAUCAAAGUGCUGUAUUUAAAAGCAGGUGCAGUGAUCAGAAACUAACAUGUACUGAGUUAUUAAUGGAGGAUGAUGGAAUAAGCAGUUUUAGAGACUUUUGUUUGAAACUUGUUGUCCCACUUUGCAUCCAGUUAGUUUGGGCCCAGUUUUAGGAAGGAAUUAUGGGUAAAAUCAGGCACCUAAAGAGGAAGUUGGAGCACAUAAAGUAGGGCUGUGACAUUAUAAUGAAGUUCUUUAGAGGUGACCUGGUAUCCGAAUCUUAUUCUCUUUAAAGUUGUUAUUCUAAAACUGAUCAUUCCCAAAAUAAUCAGUCACUAAAGUCACUAAAACUCCAGAAAUCCAUUGAUUAUUUUUAAGGAGUCAGAACUAAAAGAACAAGUGGACUUUUUCUUUGAUAAACAUCCAAACUCAGAGUGAGUAUCUGCUGAUUAACAGGCCGUCACGAGUCUAAUACCUCCACAGUAACUGUGCUCAGGUGAGCAGAGGGUGUAAAGUUCCUCUGAUUCGCACUGAAUUUGAUCCUAACUGUCCGUUCUGUGUCACUCACAGCUUACAGAGCACCUGAUGUAUAUUAUUCACUGACUUUUAUAUAUAUAUAUUCAUUUAUUUUUAAUACUUGCAGUCACUGCCACUGCGUUGAUACUCACAGCUCUUUCAUUUUUGUUCCCCCACUUUGUCCCCAGCUAGGGGCCUGUAAGAUCGUUAAGUCUGCGCUCAUAAUUUGUUCAGUAGUACUCAUCUACUGCUGCCAUGCCAACAUGUAACACAAGGCAAGUAAGACAUUCUGGUCCUCACACGGAUACACUCCUAGCCAGCAAGGCUCCCUUACUGGCUGCUUUCUUUCUACCCAUCAUGCUUUUGGAGCGCGUUUUAGGACCCCCGGGAUUUUGGGUUAAGGCCAGGAUUCAUUAAGACUUUGGGGAUUGUUGUUGUUGUUGUUGAUGGUGGUUGGUUUUGUUUGUUGGGGGAGGGGUGGGGGUGUGUAUUCAGCUUUUAAUGUAAAGGUAAGAAAGGUUUUUUUUUUGCCUGUAGCCGGCAAAAAUACAAUAAAGAGUUACACUUUUUACCUUUAACGUAGGCACAACUACAGCUCUGAAUAUGAGCUUAUUAUUAUUCUUUCACUAUAAUUUAAACGUCUCAAUAAUAGUAUGUAGUUAUUGUGUUGUUCCCCUCAUGCAGCCCAGAUACACACCAUUAAACGCUUCAAAAGAACAUUUUUUUAUGCACAGUCUCUCCUGUAAACUGCACAAACGACUAUUUAAUUGCGCACAUUUUCUUUGUUUUCCAGUAAUCCUGUUAUUAGUUAUUCUGUGAUGGUUUAUAAUUCACUCUGUAGGUUUACUGCGCGUUCACUACGAGCCAUCGCCCUCACAUCCUGUCGUCUGACUCUUUUCUGCAGGUAAAGGAGCUCUUGACGUCAUUCGGGCCCCUCAAAGCGUUCAACCUAGUGAAGGACAGUGCCACGUCACUGUCGAAAGGUUACGCCUUUUGCGAAUACGUCGACGUCAGCGCCACCGAUCAGGCAGUCGCUGGGCUCAAUGGGAUGCAA